AUGUCUGAGGCCUUUGAUCACGCCCUCAACGCAACUCCAGCACUUGAACCCAUCUACAAGGCCAAGCGUCCUAACGAUCUCGAAGGGGACUUUUCUGCGCUACAUCUCCUGCUCCACAGCUUGCCCAAAAUGCGAACGGAGGUCUCUCACGCUUGGGCGGGAUACAAGGAGGGCGGAUACGACCUGAUCGCCGCUUCCAUUACGACGAACACCGCCGUGGAUCUGUCACACUCAGUGGUGGAAGGUUUAAAAAUUGCCUCUGCCAAACACGGCGGUGCGAGCAGGAUGCUGCAGAUCUUUCACGCUUCUCAAUGUGUUGCUUCUGGCACUUCGGAGGCACACAAGCAGCGACCAGCGGACGACAUGAACUUUGCGAUGUUCAAGGUUGCCGACGCCCUGAUGUGGCCAGCCUAUUUAAUUCCUGACGCAUUCUCUGGGAUGCACAAGGUCAACCCGCACGCCGAGACGAAAACUGGCUUCUAUGGAACGUACAGCCCGUCGUCGAAUCGAGACAGAAAGAGCGACAAUGACAAAUUCAUGGAAGACAAGAUCCUGCUCCUCGAAAUCCUGCCCGAAUUCUAG